CUUUUGUUGAUCAACUCCCAAUCAAUCAGCUGACCAGCCAGUCCCGAGUCCCGAGUCCCGACCAAAUGAAGGGAUCAGGAUUCCAGAAUUCCACAGCCAUACAGACAGACCGACAAACAUCAAUACAUACAUACAUAUAUACUGUAGAUCGAGUGGAGCGCUCGACAGUGAUCCGCGCUAGAAAAUUCCAGUGCCCCACCAUUGGGCCAUUGCGUCCACCACCCGCCAUCCACCCUUGAGAGGGGCUCAGGGACGAGGCAGGGAUUGGCCAGCCUGGCCCAUUGGCCCAUACGCUUGUGCUCAACGGUUAACGGGUCAACGGAAAGGAGGCAUGCCCCAAACUCGUGGGUGGGACUGAAUCAUGGCUCAAACGGGCCUCCUCUCAUCAUCAUCUUCAUCAUCAUCCACGUGACCAUGAGCCAGACGGCCCAGACGGCCCCUCAGGACUGGACGCACGCCGGGGUGGAUUUCCAAUGCGGUUCAUGCGGUUGGAGUGAGUCCUGUCAUUACUUCGGGCGUGCACCCGUGUUCGGGCCACGGCGCUACACAUUUGCGGCGCCCACUUACGUCCUCAUCGACCCGUUUUCGCCCGUUCAGCGACGUUUCCCCGUCAUUCUGGGCGGCAUCUGCGGCCAUUCGGCGGCUCACCCGCCCUCUGACCCGCCCUUUCAGGUCUGCGUCCGCUGUUCCAUCUUCUACCAAGAGCGCUAUUGUCUGAAAUGCGCCGAGACUUUUCUCCCCGAAUUUCCCUCUGAGGUUCAAGUGAAAAUCCGCCGCCAAUUGACGGCCCAGACCCGGCCCCCGCCACCCUAA